UCUGCCUCAGCCCCAUGCACCAGGCACCGCGUCCAGGGGCCGGCGCGGAGGGGAUUGCACCUGCGCUCCCUACUGCACAGCCAGGAGCUGGCACUGCCGCCCCCUCCCCGUGUCCGUGCAGUGCAAACAAUGAGCCUGCCCGGAGCAGCCUGCCCUGCUGCAUAGAAAGGACCUGGAGACCCUCCUCCUCCAGCAGGGGAGAAGCCAAGAAGACAGGGGUUAAAAUGAAUGAAGAUCUGAAGGUUAAUUUAAGCUGGCUGCCUCAAGAUCACUUAGAAGCCAGCUCUCCAGAGAAUGUCUCAACUGCAGUCUCCUCCCUGAUUCCUGUCGUAGACCCAGAACCAGAGCUCAUAGUAAACCCCUGGGACAUUGUUUUGUGUACUUCAGGAACCCUUAUCUCCUGUGAAAAUGCCAUUGUGGUCCUUAUCAUUUUCCAAAAUCCUAAUCUUCGUGCCCCCAUGUUCCUUCUGAUAGGCAGCCUGGCACUUGCAGACCUCUUAGCAGGAAUUGGAUUGAUCAUCAAUUUUAUUUUUGCCUAUCUUCUACAAUCAGAAGCUACAAAACUGGUCACUAUUGGACUGAUUGUUGCCUCUUUCUCUGCAUCUGUCUGCAGCUUGCUGGCUAUUACUGUUGAUCGUUACCUCUCAUUGUAUUAUGCUUUGACUUAUAAUUCAGAAAAGACUGUCACUUUUACUUAUAUCAUGCUUAUUUUGCUCUGGGGAGCAUCUAUCUGUAUUGGACUGCUGCCUAUAAUGGGCUGGAACUGCCUCAAAGAUGAAUCCACCUGCAGUGUUAUCAGACCGCUCACUAAAAAUAAUGCAGCUAUUCUUUCAGUCUCUUUCUUGCUCAUGUUUGCUCUCAUGCUGCAGCUCUACAUUCAAAUUUGUAAAAUCGUGAUGCGCCAUGCCCAUCAGAUUGCCUUGCAACACCAUUUCCUGGCCACAUCCCAUUAUGUGACCACCCGAAAAGGAGUGUCUACUUUGGCCAUUAUUUUGGGGACCUUUGCUGCUUGUUGGAUGCCUUUUACGCUCUAUUCUUUAAUAGCAGAUUACACGUAUCCUUCAAUAUAUACCUAUGCCACUCUCCUGCCUGCCACCUACAAUUCCAUCAUCAAUCCUGUAAUAUAUGCUUUUAGAAACCAGGAAAUACAAAAAGCAUUUUGGCUCAUCUGCUGUGGCUGUAUCCCUUCUAGCCUGUCUCAAAGAGCAAGAUCACCUAGUGAUGUUUGAUUAACAGCUAUGAGGACUUUAUUUAGCAUUUUGUUUUUCAGAAAUUCCUGCAACGCUCUUUGGUUAGAUACAUUCCUUAGAUUGUACAUAUCUAAUUCAUAUUCAAGCCACAGGAUGCACUGACCCUUUUGUAAAGAGAAACCCCAUUAACCGAAAUGAACUCAGUGGUUUAAGGAAGAUUUCCAAAAUCAAAAUGAUUAGUGUUCUUUCAAAUUGUAUUGAUGCUCAGGUUCUAUGAAUAGUCUA